AUGGAUGUGUUGACAGCCCUGUUGACACCCAACCCUGACGGCUGCGAGUGUUUCGAGCCAAAUCCCUUCAAGCCGGAGAAAUGCAAGAAUUGCGGUAGAGUGUGGACGGAGCACUUGGGAGUGAUUUCGGAGGCUCACCUUAAAGUCUUCCUACAGCAAAAACAGAAGUCCCAAGAGGACAAAGACAAAAAGGAGGCCGAAGCAAAGCAAGCUGCGGCCGCCAAGAAGUCGGCCAAGAAAAGAGCAAGCCAGGCGGUGGAAGACGACUGGCUUUUCGGGGCAGACAAGGAUGAGCCUGAAAAGAACGAGGAGGAGUCCGAUGAUGAUCUCGGCUUCCGGAUGUUUUCUGCAGCAGACUUCGUCAACUCGGACCCUGGCCCUGUAGAGCCCAACCGGCAGCUCAAGGUGGUCAACCUGAUUGACUGGGGGGAGUGUGAUGUCGCCCAGGAGCUUUCCGGAGCUGGUGAGGCAACGGGCAGCUCAGCGAGCACAAUGGCACCGCCUGUGGAGGUUCGGCAAACGCUUCCGGAUCCACGUGUAGGAGGUGAUCCACAUUUCCAGGAAUCCUUCGGUUCUGCCCCUAGCCUGGUACCACUUUCCGUUUCCGGAAACCAGGAUCUCGUGACGGAGAUCCAGCAUUUAAAGCAAAUGCUUGCUGAUGCAAACGAAGAGAAGGACAUCCAGGUUGCCAUCGUUCGCGAUGAAGUCCAGGAGAAGGAGCAAGAAAUUCAGGCGCUGCUGCGCCAGAAAAACGAGACCGAGGUGCUCCUUCGAGAAGCACGUCAAAAGAUUGAAAGUGAAGCAUCGCCGGCAGCAGAUGCAUCAUCGCCGGAGCAGCUGGCAGAGGUCCAGCAACUCCGAGCGAAGGUCGCUGAAGCUGAGGCCAAGCUAGAGGCCCGGGAAGCGCAGGAGGCCGCCGUCAGUGCCGAGGUCCAGCAACUGCGAGCGCGGGUUGCUGAAUCUGAGGCCGAAGCGGAGGGCAGAAUGCCGCCGCCCGACCAAAGCAGCGAGGUCUUGCAGCUCAGAGCCCGUGCUGAUGAGGCUGAAGCCCUUCUCAAGGCUCUGCAACAGCGAGAUCCGGCGGCACCCUCUGAGGUGCAGAGUCGCAACAGCGACGGAGCACCCCAAGAUGAUUCCGUUGAGGUGCAGCAACUAAAAACACGUGCCUCCGAAGCGGAAGAACGACUGGAGGCGUUGCAGAAAGACAUCGCAGCCAGGGAAGAGGCAGCCACAAUCCAAAGCCAAGCCAAGCAGGCCGAGCUGGAGGCGUGGCAGCAGAAACACGCAGCCUCAAGCGCAGAGGUGGUUCAGCUCAGAGCCCGACUUGCGGAGGUUGAAGAAGAGCUGAAGGCCCUCCAGCACAGUGCAGCGGCACCAGUCCAGCAUGCAGAGGAUGCCCAAGCUGCCAAGGCUUUGCGCGAUGUCCGCAUGCAUGCUGAACAGCAGCUUGCGUGGAUCUUGCAGCGAAUGGGCGUUACUCAUCAAGCUGCAGAGUUACAGAAGGUUGGAGCUACUGCUCCUUGCGUGUGA